CGUACGCGGCCGAUUGCGACCCUCGCCCCCCUCGCCCCUCCCCACACCACACCACACCACACCACACCACCGAAACUGCCCCGCCUCCGCAGCCGCCGCCCGCGCCCACGCCCGCUCGUCCUCCCCGCGCCGCCUCGGGGACGCCCCGGUCGGCGAUGUGGCGGGAGCAUGCUGGGCCCGCUCCUCAGGCUCCUCUCGGCGUGCGGCGGGGUCUGGCCCACCUCGCCGGCCCCUGGCGCCGCCGGCGCCGCGGCCUCGGCCUCCUCCUCCUCCGGGGACGACUCUGAGGGCCGCGACGGCCUGCUCUGGUGGCGCGACCUCGCGCGCUGCCACGCUGGCGACGUCUCCGUCGCCGUCGCCCAGGCCAACCAGGUGCUCGAGGACCAGUGCCGCCUCGACUCCGCCCCGCCCCUCGGCACCGUCGUCGGCGUCUUCGACGGCCACGGCGGCCCCGACGCCGCCCGCUUCGCCUGCGACCACCUCGUCCCCAACCUCCGAGAGGCGUCCUCAGGCCCGCGGGGCGUCACCGCGGACGCCAUCAGGGAGGCGUUCCUGGCCACAGAGGAAGGCUUCCUCGCGCUCGUGUCAAGCCUCUGGGAGGCCCAGCCGGACAUCGCCACGGCCGGGACGUGCUGCCUCGUCGGCGUCGUGCACAACAGGACCCUUUUCGUCGCCAACCUCGGCGAUUCCCGGGCUGUUCUCGGGAAGAAGGUGGGCCGCGCCGGGCAGAUUACCGCGGAGCAGUUGUGCAGCGAGCACAAUGCCAAUCAGGAGGCUGUCAGGCAGGAGCUCAAGGCUCAACACCCAGAUGAUGCGCAGAUAGUUGCACUCAAGCAUGGGGUCUGGAGAGUGAGGGGCCUCAUACAGGUGUCUAGAUCAAUCGGCGAUGUAUACCUGAAACAUGCAAAGUAUAACACAGAGCGAAUCAAACCCAAGUUCAGGCUUUCUGAAUCAUUCAGCAAGCCAUUGUUGAGUGCUGAUCCAGCUAUCAUCUCCCGCAAUCUUGAACCAAAUGACUGUUUCAUCAUAUUCGCGUCAGAUGGUUUGUGGGAACACCUGAGCAAUCAGGAAGCUGUUGAGAUUGUUCACAACCAUCAACAUGCUGGAAGUGCAAGAAGACUCAUAAAAGCCGCUCUACAAGAAGCAGCGCGGAAGCGUGAGAUGCGUUACUCGGACCUUACAAAGAUCGAUAAGAAAGUUCGCAGGCAUUUUCAUGAUGACAUUACUGUCAUCGUCUUAUUUAUAAACCAUGACCUAUUAUUGAAAGGUGCUCCGCAAGGACAACCCCUCUCCAUCAGAUGUGCCCUAGAUUAUUGACAGUGAGCUAGUUCAUCCACUGGUGUUCAGCUCCUAUGGGCAGCCAUAUCCAGAGUCAGCUGACAUGGUCAACCGGUUGUGAAAAGCGCACAACCUCCGGCACCAGUUUCCUUUUUCGUUUCCCAUUUUUGCACAUAUAAAAUUGACAAGUUGCUGAAAAUGGCCAGUUUCCCCUCUUGAACUAUGUCGGAUAAAAUGCGGAUACUCUUCGGUUUUGGAGAUAUAUGUCUAGGCUCUAGAGCGUGAGGGAAGUUUAUAAAGGCUUACAGUAUGUAACUUCUGAUCGGUUCGUUCUCUUUCUUACAGCUACAGCUAGUUCGUUUUGUAUGUGACAAUUGGCAGCAUGUUUAACCACAGCCCCCUGGCGUUUGACAGCGACCCGGUUACAGUACUCGAGGCUGUCAUGAUCAGA